AUGCUAACCCCCAUCUCCAGCAGCCCAACACGACCCCCCACAUCACCCAUUGUAAUGCUCCGCGUCGGCCCUCAACAGCGCCUCUUCGCCGCGCACGAGUCCAUCCUCAGCGCCUCGCCCUUCUUCGCAGCCCACUGCACCACCCAAACGCCCAGCCCCCCACCCCCCUCCCACCCACACAUCACCGCACCCAGCAAACGCAUUGAGCUCCCGCACGAACAACCCGAAGUCCUCUCCUGUAUCCUCGAGUACCUCUACAAAGGCGACUACUCCCCGCGUCUCCAACACAAUCCCGCCCGCGGAACCUGGACACUCGAAGACGCCCUGCCCCCGCCCUCCUCGCCCGCUCUCUCCCCCAGCGCAGUCAUCUGGCAUCACAGCGUGAACGCCCCGAUCCUGCGCGACACAGCCGUAUACUGCGCCGCAACGAGCUACGGGCUUCCCGCGCUGGCGCGCCUGGCGCUGCGCAAGCAGGGUCUGCAGGCCGGGAUACCAGCCAGCACGAUCCUAGCCAGCGCGCGGUUCGCCUAUGCGCAUACGCCGGACACGGAGUCGCGGCUGCGGGCGCAUUAUUUGGCGCUGAUUAUUCGGUGUCGGGGGACUUUCAAGAAGAGCGGGACGAUGCAGGUUGAGAUGGAGCAGGGUGGGAAAUUGUUUUUCGAUUUGUUUGUUGCGAUGUGUAAUCAUAUGGUGAGUCUGGGGCUUGCAUGCUUAUUUCCUAUUGAAUGGGAGGCGGCGAGGGGGGGUUGCUAA